AUGGCGUCCGAGAAUCUGAAUGAUAAGAUCUCCGUCUUUAAGAAGCUCAAAUCCAAAUCGGAUAAUAAGAUUUGUUUCGAUUGCAACGCGAAGAGCCCAACAUGGGCCUCCGUGACCUACGGGAUCUUUCUCUGCAUCGAUUGCUCCGCUGUUCAUCGGAGUCUCGGCGUACACAUCAGCUUCGUCAGGUCAACGAAUUUAGACUCGUGGAGCCCCGAGCAGCUGAAGACGAUGAUCUAUGGAGGAAACAGCAAGGCGCAAAUGUUCUUCAAGCAGCAUGGAUGGAGCCAAGGAGAUAAAACCGAGUCCAAGUACACAUCGAGAGCCGCUGAGUUGUAUAAACAGAAUCUCUCCAAACAAGUCGCUAAGAGCAUCGCCGAGGAAUCGGAUCUACCUCCAUCGCCUGAUUCUACUAAUCAAGCAACACAAGUGAAGCCCAAUGGGCUCUCAAGCAUCAAAACCAGUGAAGAAGCUCAGCAAGAAAAGCCUCAAGAAGUCCCCGUUUCACCAAGAGUUUCUCGGAGCAGCGUUGUUUCUAAGAAACCUCUUGGUGCCAAGAAGACUGGCAAAACUGGUGGACUUGGCGCCAAGAAGCUAACUGCUAAGUCAAGCGAGACUCUUUAUGAUCAAAAGCCAGAGGAGGUUCUUGUUGUAACAGCGACUUCUCCAUCAUCAGCGAGGUCGUCGUUUUCGUCUCGCUUUGAUUACGUUGACAGUGUUCAAACGAGAGAGCUCAGCAACAGCCCUAAAGUGUUUGGUCAUGUAGCUCCACCGAGAUCAACAGGCUUCUUCGAUGAGUUCGACAUGUACGGAGGCGACUUUCAGAAGAAACCAACCACAAGUUCCUCAAAAGUUCAAGAAACAGAUGAAGCACGGAAGAAAUUCACAAACGCGAAAUCAAUCUCCUCUGCUCAGUACUUUGGAAAUGAUAACAGCUACGCGGAUCUUGAGGCUAAAACUUCUUUAAAGAAGUUCUCCGGUUCAACAGCAAUCUCUAGUGCUGAUCUGUUUGGAGACGGUGACGGAGAUUUUCCUAUGGAUCUCAACGCCGGUGAUCUUAUCAACCGCCUCUCUCUCCAGGCUCAGCAAGACAUGUCGUCGCUGAAGAACAUGGCAGAGGAGACAAAGAAGAAGCUCAGCAACUUAUGGGUCUAA